GAUUUUCAUUUUAGUACAUAAACUCAUCAUAGCUGAAUUCAACUUUUGUUUUACACCAACUUGAUUGAAACAGUAAAAGGACAUCCUUCCAAAUAGGACUAAUGAAAUCGGGUAAGAGGAAUUGAAAUCAAAACUAAGUGAUUUUAAUAAACUAUAUUUAUUUUAUUCUAAUGAUAAAAAGUUCAUCUAAAACUUACCGUUAGCAUCAACAAUAGGUACCACCAUGAUUGAAAUCAUUUAUUAAAUUUGUGUUACUUAUUAAGCUGUUAGAUAGCUCGUAAAAAUCUGAAUAUGCUUCCUUCUAAGGGAUUAUUUUCAUCCUAUCACUGCCCAUUUUUUGAGCAGGGAAGUUGUGAAAGGUCGUAUUGUCAUUUUCAUCAUAGGAAAAAGACAAAACCAUCUGAAAUUAGACGAUAUUUAAAAACAAGUCAUUCUAUCCAAGAAGAACAUACUAAUGCCUUGGAAGAAAAUAGAAAAGGUGGUAAUAAUUUAGACAAGAUAUAUAAAAGAGCAGAAUGUUCUUCUUUAAUAAAUGAUACCGGGAUUCUUACCUACACACCUACUCCUAUAGCAAUAUUGAAAAAGAGAAAUACUACUGGAUGUGACAACCAUAAGCUAGAAAGAGACGAGGAAAUGAUAAUAAAAAAGCAAAAAACUUCAAGCAAUAAACUAGGAUCUAGUAAAGGUACAGAAUAUUCUACCGAAAAUGUUUUUAAAACUAAGAACGAAACAAUAAGCUCUACUUCUAUUGAGGAACAACUAAUUGCUCUUCAUUAUAAAGAGGACUUGAAUGAAUCUAGCAACAAUAUUGAUAUGAGCAAAAACAAAAUUCAUUGUUUAGCUACCAAGGAUAAAUCACUCAACAGCAAUGAAAAAAUCUGUAAAGAGCUAAACAACACCUUCCAAUUUCCAACAAAUAGCAAUAAGUCUGAAAAGGUUACCAAUCUUUCUAUGAAUCGAUCACAAACUAUUUUAAACCUUGCAGUAGAGAAAUCAGGAACGCCAAAGACAAAUACUUCAAACUUAGAAUGCUAUUUGAUGGAAACUAAUAUUCCUGGCUCGGACACAACAAAAUCAUCUGCCCCAAGAAUUCAAGGUGAAAGUCUUAUGUGUAACAAUUUUGAAGAAAUUAGAAGUAACGGAUACAUUGACUGCGCUGAAGAUGUGAAUUACGAUAAUGGAAAUAAAUAUAAUGAUGAAAAUGAAGAUCCCUCAUUGAAGAGUGCUUUCAAUUAUGACAAUACUUGUAUUACUUCGAAUGAAACUUGUUCGAAUUAUAUGGAAUCUAGUCAAACACCAAGGGAGACUUAUGCAAACAUUGUCAAGCAUGAUAAGAAUUUUUCCUAUCGUAUCGAAAACAUUUCAAAAUAUUCAACAGAUUCUCUUAGCAAGGUGGGCAAUAAUUUCAUACUAAAUGAGGAAAUCGACAAUCAUAAAGCAAAUAGGGUGAGCGACAUUGCUAGAAAAAAUAACACCAAACCUAAUAAUGAAGGCAGCAGUUAUAUUGAAGACGAUAACCUCUUAAAUAUUAAAUAUACAACGGCUUCAAAAGCAUUGCUAUCAAGUGGGAAGUUGAAUAACAGAUCGGUUCUAAAUGAAGUAAAGUCAGGUAUAGGCACUAAUGAAACGCUGAGUUCCAUUAUUCGGAGUAUUAAUGUUAAGGAGAGGAUUUCCCAUACUAAUUCAACUGAAACGAAAACUAGUAUUUUGUCAAGUACGAAAGUUAAACCGCACUUUUCUCCAUCACAGGUCUUAUUAGACAGAUGGAAGACAUCAAACACAUUAAACAAGAAAAGUAAUGGUAACAAAGAGAUUGCAUCAAAAACUAGAAUUGCCCAUGUACCGAAUGUUGCUGCUUUAUUAGCGGAAAGACAACGGAUAACUAACAGUUUAAUAAAACCCUGUCAAAUAAAAGAUAGUGAUCUGAAUUCUUCAAAACAAUAUGAAGGGGUUUCACCUUUGAAAAAAGAUUUACUUGUUGAAUCUUUUCACAAUGGUAAAAUUCCAUUUAUUAAAAGACAAACUUUCCUCAACAAAGCUUUCGAAAUUUAUUGCAAACUGUACAGCUGUGACUCAGCAAGAUCGAAAGCCCUACACACUGAGAAAGAAAUUUGUUCAACAAGCAAAACUCCAGCAACAUAUUCCAACAAAUUCGCACAGCUAUUCAUACGUUUGAAAAAGGAAAUUGCAGCCAAAAAUAAUCUGCAGAAGACUUCGACCAAAAAUGCGAAUUCACAGAAAUCAGAUGACGAAGCAAAUAGAUUGUUGCUGUACAAAGAUUUACUGAAGUAUACCUUGCAUGAUCUUGAAGAAAAUGGUAUUCCUGUUCCCCAUCCUGAAAAAUCUGGUUUCGCCAAGAUGAAAAAGAUUUAUGGUGUAAGUAGUUUUAAUAAGCAUAGAUGCAUUUGUAUAAACUGUUCGAAAGAGUUUGAAGUAGAUUCAGCAGGAUUUAGCGUUGAAAGAAAUUGCAAGUUUCACUCAGGUAGAAUGUACAAGCAAAGGCGUAAAUACGGAACUGAAAAAAUGUGGAAUUGCUGUAAUGGUGAUGAAGAGAGUGGGGGCUGUGUGCAAAACGAGUUGCAUGUUGGCGACAUGGUUGACUAUGACAACAUUCCGGGCUUCAAGCAAGUUAGAAAGCCGGCAGACAGCACUUUCAAAGAAGCUUGUCAAGUGUAUGCCUUGGACUGUGAAAUGUGCUACACUACUCAAGGAUCUGAGCUGACUAGGUGUACUGUGGUGGAUGGUAAUCUAACAGUUGUUUAUGAUAAGUUGUGUGUUCCUGAUCAUCCAAUCAUAGAUUACUGUACUAGGUUUUCUGGAAUCUCUGAAGGUGAUCUGGAUAACGUUGCCACAAGACUGACAGACAUUCAAGCCGAUCUUUUGAAUUUAUUCACCACCGAGACAAUCCUAAUAGGACACGGAAUCGGAAACGAUCUAAAAGCCGUCAAACUUCUCCACAGAUCUAUAAUCGAUACAAAUGUAGUUUACGGUAACUUUAGAAAACACAAAUUGAGUGACCUUACUAGAGCAAUUCUUCACAGAGAGAUCCAGAUGAGUGAAGGCGGACAUAAUUCUUGUGAAGAUGCAAUAGCUACUAUGGAACUCAUGCUAUUCAAAGUCAAAGAAGAUAGGAAGGCUUCAAUGCCAACAAGUAGAACUGAUUCUAAUGUAGGACUAAAUGGACAGAAAUUAUUGAAAAACACUGAAAAAUCUCAAAAAAAGGAAUAAUAUGGAAGUAGGCUAUACAAUGCUACACAAAAGUUUUGAAUUUUCAAAGAAAAACUAAAGUAUUUUUUGUAUCAAUUAAAUAAAGCUGAAAAAAAUUCUAACAUUUAAGAGAGUGAUUUAAUUUCAAUAUGUAACUGUAUUGCACUAUUUUUCAACUUGUAAACAAACUGGUUGUCAAUAAAAAUGAGAAUCCAGAGCUUCUAUUUUGAAGCUAAUACAUAAAAAAUAUGCGCAGAGUUACAUCUAUACCAGCCAUACCAGGAGAACCAAUGAACAUAUCUUGAGAAAAUGCGAUGACGUAUUUUUAUAGUGGUUGAAUGUAAUAGACAUACGACCAAUUGUGAAUUAUAUUUUACUGUAUUAAUUAUUAAUAUUAGUGUAUCAAUUGAUAAUACAUGAAUGAUCAGCUAUGAUCGGUCUAAUAGGCUCCUGAAAGAAAGGUUUGCGGAAAAGUGUGGUGAUUGGGUUCGAAAAGGGUGUAAAUUUGAACAAUGUUUAAAAUCAUUCAAUAGUCAUUUUAAUGUGUUCGUAAAAUACAUAUAAUAUUAUGAUUUAUUCACAAAUGAAUGCAAACUGAAAGGAAGAUGCAAAGAUAAUGAAGAAAUGCAUUUGGUAGCAGUAGUUAUAAAAUAAAUAAGUUUGAGAAUAAACACAAUGAUUGGUAGAAAAAUCUAAUUAACAAACAACGAACAAAGUACAAACUAAGGAUUAGUGUUAUGGUGACAAUAAUAAUACUUGUUCAAGGUGGAAUACUGCUCAUUACAAUAAAGAUAAAUAAAAAUACACAAAUAAUCAUAAUAAAUAUCUCACUUUAAAAAUUACAUCGUUUUUUAAAUGGAUUCUUAAUGUAUCCAUCAGAAAGUUGUACUUCAGUUAAUUCAAUAUAAAUAAGUGUUUAUAAAAUCAUACAUAAGAAACGUGAAUGAUAUAAUUAUUAUAAAAACAAGAAAUUUACAAAUCUUAAAUCUACUGAACAAGUACAAUCAUUAUAUUAGUUAUUGUUUUUUAAAACUAUCUAUUCGUAAACAAACUCUUUUACAGAAAUGUUAAUAUAAUAGAACAAUAUACUAGAACAAUAUACUAGAACAAUUUUUUGUCAUUUUGAUAUAAUAUAUUAUUUACAUUAUUUAUCUACUUCAAAUUCAAUUUAAUAAAUCCUAGAAUUCACGUAAUAAAUAUCUAUCUUCUUAUAACUAUGAUAUAUAAAUCGUUCAAUAAGUACUAUGAAACCUCGAUUGCAGACAUCCUCACCAUUUCCUAAAAUCACUUAUUGCUUCAGAAAUUGAAAGUUUUAAAGCAAUGCUGAUGGAAAGCAUGCAAUUAUUUAAAAUAAUGAAGAACAUUAAAAAACACAAGGAUUUAAAUAAUUCUAUAGAAAUCACUAAUAUAUUGUUGUAUGCAUAGUAUGUAUUUGUAGACUUUGAUCAUGAAACACUCUUAUGGCCAAGUGGAUAUUUGUUCGGAAGACAAGAUAGUUUUAUAUUGUUUAAAGCAACACAGAAAAAUAAAAAUGCCUUCCAAACUUUGCCAUUACUAAGGUACCUAUGAUAAUAAUUCCAAAUGGUUUCAACUUAUAUCUAAGUAUACAUGUAUAUUUUUAUGCUAUGUGAUGUAUUGCAUCAAAGUUUAAAAGCCAAUACAAAUAAAACUAUUUUCCAAGUACAGCACAGUUCAUUACUGAAAAAAUUCUUACUUAUUUUAAUAUUUUGAAAAAAUGUAUUAUUAUAAUGAAUUAAUAUCAACAUUCUGUUAAUUCAGUACGAUUUUGAUGUGUUUCAAUACAUCAAAAUAAAUUGACUAUUAUUAUAUUAUCAACUACUUAUUCAAUUCGAUGAUAACUUCUACUCACUAAACAAGAUUUGGAAAAGUUAGAAAACUCUAGAAAAUCUAGGUCUUAUCAAAACUCAAAACUAGUCUGAUCAUCUUGCUGAAUAUUGUGGAAAACCAUCUGAUCAAACUUUUGAUAACAAAUUUGUUACACAUAAUUAGUUCGAUUAAGCUCGACAAUAGCUCCAUUUUACACGAAUUGAAC